AUGUCACAAUAUAAAUGGAUGUAUUUUAUACCAUAUGGAAGUACAGUGAAUCUCGAACCACUUUUGAAUAAUAUUGAAUGUAAUGGUGCAUCACCGUGUUACUGGCUUUUACCUGAUAAAAUUAAUCGUUUAUAUUAUCCAUUGAAUAGAAAUGAAACAAAAUAUUCGAUAUCAUCGAAUGGAACAUUAACUAUAGUUGAUAUUCAAGCGAGUGAUAAUGGAAUUUAUCAUUUUUUUAUAAUAAAUAAUACUGAUUGGCUCGUAUCAAAAUCUUUAUUAAAUUUACAUGGAGCACCAUUUGAUUCACUUUGGUUAGAAUAUUGGCCUAAUGUUGUCGGUGGUCUCGUUGCUAUGGCAGCUGUGUUCAUAACAUUUGGUUUAAUUAUGUUAGCUGAUAAAUAUCGAUAUCGUCCACCUUCAACCUUAUCAAUGCGUCGUAUAUCUAAACGACCGGGUACCGUUGAACCGAUUCAUGAAUCUGUUAUCAUGGAACGAACAAAUCCAGUAUUUGAGAAUGAUGAAAGUACAAUAAAAAAUCAUGAGAAUAGUCGACGUUCAUCAACUAACAGUAACGAGGCUGAACUACAUAUUGAACAAUUUUAA